AUGCAGGACUCAGCCGGGCCUGAUAUGCCGGGGAAACAUCCGAUCUGUGAUGGCUUUGCCCUCGUGUGGCGCCUGCUCCUUGGAUUAGUCAUGGCGAGUGCCCCGGCGAUGGCUUGCCCGACAAGUUGUCUCUGCAUAGAGAAGGGCGGCAAGACGGUCGUCCAGUGUGUGUCCCACAACCUGGAGACGAUCCCGACAGAUCUCCCUGGUGACACUGUGGUCCUGCACCUGGCGUCCAACCACAUCACGCACAUCCCCAACCACGCCUUCAGCGAGCUGCGCUACCUGCAGGAGGUGGACCUGUCCAACAACGACAUCGAGACUUUGGACGCCGCAGCGUUUCAAGGCGUUUCGGACAGCCUGCUCGUGCUGGACCUGUCCAACAAUCGCAUGCAGAGCGUCCCCAAAGAGGCCUUCGCCCGCCUCCGAGCCAAGAUCAGCCUCUCCAACAACCCGUGGCACUGCGAGUGCACGCUGCAGGAGGUGCUGAGGGAGCUGCGGCUCGACCCCGAGACGGUGAACGAGGUCAUGUGCCACACGGCCGUGCAGGAGGAGUACGCCGGCAAGCCGGUGAUCCAGGUGCUGGACUCAGGGAUCAACUUCUGCAACUUUCACCACAAGACCACCGACGUGGCCAUGUUCGUGACCAUGUUCGGAUGGUUCACCAUGGUGAUCGCCUACGUCAUCUACUACGUGAGACACAACCAGGAGGACGCCCGGCGGCACCUGGAGUACCUCAAGUCGCUGCCCAGCAGCUCUCAGAUCAGCAAGGACUUCGACACCAUCAGCACGGUUCUUUAG